CUGGGUCGCAUUUUAUGUGUCUUGUAUACAUGUUUGACAGUUCAACGUAACCUAACAAUUUUGUGCUGUUUCAUUCUCUCGAAUUAAGUUUUCGGCAAGCAAUUUAAGUUACAGUGCUAGUAAUUCUCCGCAAAAAUGAGUUCAAUCGGAACAGGAUACGAUCUGUCUGCGUCUCAAUUCAGUCCGGACGGUCGCGUAUUUCAGAUUGAUUAUGCCGGAAAAGCGGUUGAACAAAGUGGAACUUUGAUUGGUCUUCGUGGUAAGAAUGGCGUUGUGUUGGCCGUCGAAAAGAUCGUUCGAAGUCCAUUAUACGAAGAGGAUUCCGGAUCGCGUAUCUAUUCCAUUGACAAACACAUUGGAAUCGCCAUAGCUGGUUUAUUGGCCGAUGGAAGGCAAAUUGUCGAAACAGCUCGCAAGGAAGCAAUCAACUACAAGCAACAAUUUGACCGACCUAUUCCCAUCAAAGUUCUGAAUGACCGAAUUUCCAGUUUCAUCCAUGCAUACACCUUGUACAGUGCAGUGAGACCGUUCGGUGUUAGUAUCAUUCUUGCGUCAUAUUCACCAGAAACUGGUCCGCAAAUGUACAUGAUCGAACCAUCCGGAUCGUCAUACGGUUACAGCGGCUGUGCCACCGGUAAAGCAAAGCAGGCAGCCAAAACCGAAAUCGAGAAACUUAAGCUCGCCGAUAUGGAUAUUGAGGAGCUGAUAACCCAAGCGGGAAAAAUCAUCUAUCAAGUGCACGACGAGUUGAAAGAUAAAUUGUUUAAAAUGGAACUGAGCUGGGUGUGUGAAUUGUCCGAUGGACAGCAUCAAAUCGUGCCCGACGAAUGGUACAAGAAGGCGUACACUGCUGGCGUUGAAUCGAAGCGUGAUGAUGACAGCGAUAACGAUAUCUAAACAUUUAAAAUUGAAAUCACUUUUUGGUUACUCCGGAAGAUUAAAGAUAAUUUUUGAACAUAAAA